AUUCAGAGGGUCAUCGCGGAUUUGUCUUCUUCUUUCGUUGGAGGGUUUUGACCUUUCUAUGUGUGAGAAACUGGAUGAGAGCAACUCAAGAAACAAAGUUUUGGAACUAACAUCCAGUCGUUCUCGUUAGUAAUUCCUUCGAUUCGUCACAAUGAGGGCACUGCACAGCCAAAGAAAAGAAGCAGAUACGGUCAAGAAAAAGUUUCUCAGCUUGAGAACUGGAAUGCUAUUCAUGAUGGAAUGUUCACCAGUUUCCAAGAGUCGCUUGUUCCUGGUAUGAACUGUGGAGCGUGCAGUGUUCGAUUGUUAUCCGUGUAUCGAUAAGAUGACUGUUAUGUUGGCUUCUUUCUUUGCGGCAGCUGUGUUGAAGAAGUGCAUAAUCACACAUUGUUUCACCAACCAUACAAAUGGCAGGCUCGAACUUGGAAUUCAUUUGUACCCAGGGGUAGUUGUGAAAAAGUUGUCCGGAGACAUACCCAUUCCUGCUCUACAGCAUUUAUACGGCCCCUGGUCGUUGUUGAUGAUAAAGGACGAUAUCAUCGAUUGAAUUUCCGGUUUUGCCUCUGUGAACCAGUCUGUUACCCUGAUACGUCAUCACCUGUGGCCUUCGCCUCCAAAGAAACCAUGCAUGUGUUUUCAUUUCCACUUCAUGGAUUUGCGGCGGGUAAUAUAUCUUCAAGGAACAAUUCCUGUCAUGGACCUCUGUGAAGCGUUCAAGCACUUAUACAGUCCUUAUGUUCAUUUUGAAGACCCGGCAAUCCAGAAUAUCUACCGAGUCCUGAUAAAUGAAAGCUUCGAGGAAUACAGGGCUUUCAUAUACCAGUGUGACUUUCUCCGUGAUGUCUGCCCUGAUUUUGGUGAUGGAACAGUAUGUCCUGCUUGUCCAAUGGAAGAUGAUUAUCCAGUGAUAAUUUCAAUGGAUGGUAACUUUGGGCUUGUGCGGAAAAAGUCGUCUGGUGUCAGUUUUUCCGAGCCGAAGCAUGCGGGUCACUUCUUUUCUAAUCAGAGUGAGGUUGAUGAGUUUGUUCAAAAACAUAACGGAAGCAUGAAGAAAGCUGGCGACGCUUGCAGCAAUUUCAAGGGUGGAAAUACUUUGAGGACAAAUAGUCGAUACGAAAAAUUGGAUGAGACAGCAGUUUUUGGUUCGGCAUGUCGUCAUGAAGUGCCCGUCAUUAUGUUUAGCCUAAAACAUGGAGAGAGCGUUCAGGUUCUGGUAGUCUUUUAGGUUAGGUACAGUCCUCGGCGAGUUGUUGGUGUUGGGUUAACAGACGGUGAGACACUGGAAUGUCUGUGGUCCUUUUUUGCGGAGUUUCUCAAAGAUAACGAAAGAAAUGACCCCCAGUCACAGGAUAGAUGUUCUUACUGAUGCUAUGAUCUAUUACACAAACAAGAAGGUCUCAAAGAUCGUGUCAGAAAGUCAGGUAGAACUCUGGCUUGCAGAGGCACAGAUUCCUGCUAGUUGUCAGCGACUGAGACGAGAUCUGUCCAGCAAGGCCAGUAUCUUACAUUCUGUCAACAAACACAGUGUUGAGAGGGCUGCAUCUCGAAAUGGUAAAGAAAUAAUUAUGCCGAUGGCCAGGCUAUUGCAAUUAAACUGCAGAAAAACAUCAUCAGAACCAAUCGGCAUAUUAUUGGUGGAAAUCUUCAACACAAAGGAUAUGGAUGAGAGUUUACCAGAGUCACUUGUUUACGAAGAUGCGUUGAAGGGACAUUACUUAGGCAUGGAAGAAGCACCAAUUGCAGGUUCUAAUGAUAGUGUGCCAUUCUACCUUAAAGAACAAGCUGUUGACUUGUUUUGCCACCACUCCCGAGCUUUUGAGGAACGGUGCUUGUUGUUGAAGGAGAUGGUCAAUGUUGACCGCGUCUUUUAGAAGCAACAACAAGUUUUGUUGGCCUGUGCAACAUCGGAUUAUCUCUCUCAGGGCCAGAUGGCAAUGGUAGUUGCUAAGGCAAUUUCUAAAGAAGAACUUCACAAUGAAUUCUAUGAGGCAUGCAAGGGCAAUGUGGAAUUGCCAUUUCCUGGGCAGACAUUUAUUGCAUCUGUCAUUAACAAUCAUCAAAGCAUCACCACUAGUGACCUUGGCCUUCCUGAGGAAGAGGUCAGUGACUUCCUUGAAAUGGCGAAGUGUUUGGAGGAAGAGCAGGAGCAGCAUGGUGAUGAUGGGGACGAUCAUGAGAUAGAAGACGGAUUAAGUGCAGUUCAGGAGAGUGAUUAAUUGGAUCUGAUUGAUUUGUAACUACAAUUUUUGAGGUCUUCAUGUUUAAGGGUCGGUCCCUCCCUUCUCCUGGGACAGAAAAGAAAAAGAGGUUACGAAAGAACAAACAGAUGAGAAAAAAGGCUCAAUUAGUUGAAGAUCAAGUUGCUAGCUGUUCUUUUCAAGAUGGCAGCCUUCUGGACAAUGAAAGUACUCGGAAACCUAUUGCACCUGUUGCUGAUUCUUCUCAUCAGGAUGACUGCAGACAAGAUACUGAAACACAGGAACAGUUAAAUGGAGCUGUAGUGUCAACAAGUUCACCAAAUAAGAGUCAUUGUGCUGCUAGGCCAUAUACACAAGCAUGGAUAUCAAAAUUUGCCUCACACGGUGCGCCUACUGGUAGUUCAACUCUUACAAAAGAAGCCAUAACUGUUCAAACAAGGAAGUUAUGUCUGCAAAGUUCCACAGAGAGAAGGUCACCAGAAAAAUGUCCGUCACAAGAAAGUGCCAAAUUAAGACAUCUGAGAAGUGACUACGAAAAGCUUGAAGACAAGUGUGAAUGGCUAAAAGAUGAACUUGUGAAGACAGACAGGCGCUAUAAAUACUUAUAUGAACAGUACAACAACGUGCAAUUCAUGGCCUCAGUGCGGAAUGAACGACACAAAAUUUGUACCCACUUUCGAAUGGCGGAGCAAGUGUCGUCAUAUGCUGUCAAGCAGGUUGAAGAGAGUGUUUUUAGCAACGUAUUUUUCAAUCCAGACUGUGACAUAGACAACGUCAUUGUUCCUAUCAUCAAUGUAAAGCUGAUGAAAGUAUUAAAAGUUGGAGACACUUGCCAAAUAUACAAAGCCGCCUGCCACACUGUCAAUAGGUUCGCUGCUAAGCAAUACAGUGAUGAGAACUAUGCAUCCGUUGUCAACCGAGAGUUUCGGGUGCUGUCCUGUAUCAAUGCCACAUUUACCCCAUUCCCAAUUGGAGAGUAUUAUAAGGAUAACAAACCGGCAUUGGUGACUUCAUUCCACCACCCUACGGGGACUGUAUAUAGCUUAAAGGACUGUUUUUUGGAUUUUCCUUCCCAUUUAAGUGGGAGGGGAUGGGUGAAAGCAACGGUCACAUUUGGCUUUCACCUCAGUCACCUCUUCAUAAGACGGUUUUUGCAUAACAACUUGAAGGCUGAUAAUGUUGUGCUGGAUGCAAAUGAGAAGGGCAUAGAUGUCAUUCUGUGCAGUUGGAAAAAUUCUUGUAGAAUCGAAUCUGCCCGAAUUCUCACAGAGAAGCAAACAAAAAAGCUUGCGGACAAUAUUGUUGUCCCAGAGGUUUUGCGCAGAGAGAAGCCAUUUUCAAUUGCAAGUAACAUUUAUGCAUUCGGUUGUCUUGGAAUCUUGGUUGUGAAAUAUUGUAGGGCAUAUGAAAUCACGGAUUACAAUUUACCAGCUCUGGAAAGAUUCUGUCUGAAAUGUGUGAGUCCAAGAUCUGCAGCAAGGCCAGAUGUUGAGCUGUUUGACGAAUACCUCGAAUCAUUUGACAUAUAAUAAUGUGUGACUCUAACUGAAAAGACAGUACAUGUAUCCCUCUGACAUUGGCGGAUGGUAUUUUGGAGAACUUUGUUUUCCACCUGGAGGAUCUUGACUGAGAAUACUUGGCCUGUAAGGUCACAUACAAUUUACAAACUGUAUGACGAGUUUGGGUCUUAACCCUUUAGCUCCUGCGAGUCUACAAAUUUUUUUCCAGCAUCUCCCUGAAGAUUUCCAGGUAUUCCUAUAGUGUAUAGACUUUUGGCAAAAGAGAUACAAAAAGUUGAGAAUGAAGUACUACAAGUUAUUUUGAAGCUAACAAUCAUACCUACAAUAUGAUAUCAUAAAUUUUUCAUUUUAACCCCCUGGUAUCGACAGGAUUAACCCUCUCAGCAAUUUAGUGAAAAUUCAUAAAAAGGCCCUGUAGUAAACAACAGAAUCAUAAGAAGUUCCUACCUAAUCAAAAAAAUCCAUACAGAAACCCUAAUGUAUGAUAAUCCAGCCUAAUAUCGAUCGAAAAACACAACCCGGCAGUCUCCUGUACAUGAAUACAUGAAUACAUGAAUGGGUUGAUAUGAAGUUAUGGUUUGCACAUGUCACAUUUGUUGGUCGAGUUGGACCAUGAGAAUUGCGAAAUUAAAACACCUACAAAAAUUUCCAGGGUGUGGUUUUAUUGCUGAAUUGACAUGUAGACGAUGGAUAUCUUUUUACCGGUGAAUACUAGUUGUAUGUUGUUAUUAUCAAUAUGUCUGGCCUUCCUAGUUGGUCACAAGUUGUCAUAUUGACUUGUCUAGUUCGAAGUGUUCUGUUCAAUAAAAACACUUGAAUUCACUUGA